GCAACGCAAAAGGGAAGGUCCCUUAUGAUUUUUUUGGCGUAAUUCCUUCCAGACGCGCAGUGCUGAGAGCUUAAUAUUUUUUAUGCCAUGGAUGCCACUUUUGAGUAAAAAGCCGGGCAAAAUGUAAUGUGAGAAGUGAGCCUGUUAUUCGGAGAGGAAGGCCAAACCCCUUCUCUAAUGAGCCGUAAAAAUAAAGAUGUUUGUUUGUGUAAACCUCUCUUAAAUUUUUAAUUAUUGCAGCACAACAAGACGGCGCCCAGAAUGAAAACGGGACGAGGAGCGCGCGGUGUUUGAAAAAAAUGCCGAGCAAUAAAACAAGGGUUGUUGAUUGUCAGUGCAAGGGUGCGACCCUAGGCGGAGCCAGCCCAGCCAGCGUCUGACAAGGGGUCCAGAGGAGGAGGCGGAGAGAAGACGCUGCCGCCGACGAUGGACGGACUGCGCUGGGCGAGAGCGCGCGCGAUCACAUACACACACACACACAUGCGUGUCAGUCAAAGAAAAUAGGCCCGACGGCAGGGUGAUGAGCUCCUCUCUGCUGAACGACUGACUCGCCACUACAAUGGCACGCAAGAAUGACACCAGUCUUGAUGGCGUCUAUAAAUUUGGACAAUGCAACGAGCACGGUGCGUGUCUCGAAUACAAAGACGGGAAAAACAGUACAAAGCGAAGAUGUGGCGAGCCCUGCGGCAAAGAGGCCAUGUGCAACAAGUUCAAUGCGACACACGUCCGAUGCACUUGCCGAAACAACGUCAAUCCUACCUUCAACCUCACGUGUCCAAAUGAAAUUGACAUGAGCAGCAAGUAUCACCCACCCUCGAGGCCUCUGCCGCAAUUUAUGGGCAAGAUGAUCAACGCCACAAGCAACAGAGGUGUCCCAUCAAAUGCUGUGGCCGCAGACCCUGUUCUCUCCGUUGAAACAAUCGCAGCGGUCGGCGCGUCAGUCAUGAUCGCGUCUGUUUUAUUAAUAGUCCUUGCGCUGUACCUGUGCAAAACGAAGAAAAAACAUUCAAACGCACCUCUGUCACUCGACAAAAACGUGCUGGUGUCCGCGAGGUACGCCGCCAACCCACAGUAUUCCAGUUCGCUGCCCAUGCAGGAGGUGCCGUGCGUGCCGCAGGGCGUGCGAGUCCUCGAACGAGCCAAGCUGCAGCUGGCGAAAGAACUCGGCGAAGGCUGUUUCGGCAAAGUAUUUGAAGGAGAACUAAACGAAGACGACGCCACGUCAAGGGUCGCCAUCAAGAUGCUUAAAAGCAGUGCCAGUCAAGAAGCGGAAGAAGAUUUUAUGAGGGAGGUGGAGGUCAUGAGUUCAUUCCGCAACGAACACAUUCUGACACUUAUUGGAAUUGUGCUCAGAGAUAGUAUUGGCGAACCAUGGAUGGUGUUUGAAUUCAUGACGCACGGCGACCUGGCCGAGGUGCUGCGCGCCAACUCCAUGACCUUCGGGCGGCGGCCGACGCCUGGCCUGCCCCCGCUGGGUCCGUCGUCGCUGCACUCCAUCUCGCUGCAGGUGGCCUCCGGCAUGGCCUACCUGGCCGAGCAGCACUUCGUGCACAGAGACUUGGCGUGCCGCAAUUGCCUGGUCGGUGAAGGUUUAGUCGUCAAAAUCGCCGACUUCGGAAUGAGCCGCGACGUCUACACUUGCGACUACUACAAAGUUGGCGGUGCGAGACUGCUGCCGAUUCGCUGGAUGAGUCCAGAGAGCAUUUUGUACGGACGGUACACGCUCGAGUCGGACGUAUGGUCCUUCGGGGUCUUGCUCUGGGAGAUCUAUAGUCUCGGUCGACAGCCAUACUAUGGAUACACGAAUGAGGAGGUUGUGAAGUUGAUUCUGCAAGGAUCCCUUCUGACGUCACCAGCAAUGUGCCCUCCAUUAAUAAGUGACAUUAUGUUAAGGUGUUGGCGGCGAGAGCCAAAAGACCGAGUCAAGUUUCCCGAAAUCAAACUGCUUUUGCAAGAAUCCGCGCCUCAAUACCACUGGUCUCAAGAAAUGGACUUACCCCUGCCUCCUGCUCAUUUGGAGCAGUUGGAACUUUUGGACCAAGAUCAGUACCUGCUCCCAAUCCCCCAAUCGCCGCCAGAAUACUUGGAAACACUGCCUUGAAAGAUUAUUCAUACAAUACACACGUACUUUUAUUACAAUCUAAAUCACAGUGUAUAUAUAAGACUAGAGCUUUAAAUGAUGUAAAUAAUUCGUGACUAAACGUGUUUUGCAAAUCUGAA